AUGCGUCUAUCGGAAUCUUCGUUCCUUUUGUUUGCAUCGCACGCGUUGGCGACGCCUCAAAGCACAACGAACAAACCCGUCGUCCAAGAUGGCAUCCUGCAGCUGGCUUUAUCCACUGUCCCGAUUGAGAAAGAACUCAAUACCACAAGCUUAAACAAGCGUCAAGUCUCUGCUCCUGUUGACAAGUUCAAAUUUGCUGGACCAAGACCGCUCGCGGCUCUGGGCAUCGAGUUGCAGAUUGGGACACCGGCCCAAAAGGUCCUCGUGGAACCAGACACUGGAUCCUCAAAACUCUGGAUUCCAGGGCCGCUACCUGGUCUACCUCGCAAGGAUACGGAGUCUACUUUCUUUUUUAGGACUGAGAGCAGCUCCGCAAAAGAUCUGAACCAACAGGAGACGUCUAGUUAUGCAAGUGAAACAGUCGUCUUGAACAUGGUUACUGAUGAACUUUCCAUCGGAGGCAUAUCCAUGGGUCCGAUUAAAUUCGGUGUUGGCGAUUUGACCAAUCCAUCAACACGCUUGGGACGAGUUGUCGGCACAAUGGGUCUACUUCCACCGACCGAUGCCAAGAGUAAUGAAGACUUUAUUCUCAAAAAGCUGUUGGAUAAGAAACUGGUAAAGAGUCGAGCCUUUAGCAUUGCUCUUCGCAACAAGGGCCAAGGAGCUCUGACCUUUGGCGGAUAUGACACCAGCAAAUUCUCCGGACCGCUUGAGAAGUUUGCCAUACAGCCAACCCCGGCAAAACACUAUAUUGUCGAAAUUCAGUCCGUAUUAUUCAGCGAUGGUAAGGGCGGGAAUCAACUCGUGUUGGACAAGCAGAACGUCGCAGGCAAACCGUUGGCCAUGGGUCUGGAUUCCGGAAGCCCAGCUUUCCAACUUCCCACAGCUUUAUCCGAAGUGGUUGCUCAAAAGACGGGAGGGACCUUGAAAAAUGCGUUCCUCACCUUCCCGUGCGCUGUAGUUGACGCCAAAGCUGCUAUAGAUUUCAAAAUGACCGACAAAACCACCAUCUCUAUUCCUCUUUUGGAUUUCGUCAUGAGCAAACUUGAUAAUGACAAAACUUGCAAGCUGGCGGUCCAAUUCGGCGGUAAAUUACCUGCAGAUCUUUGGAUUGGCGGUCACUUUUUGCGCAGAGCUCUCGUUGUGUAUGAUCCCGAUAACAGCAACAUGUACGUUGCUCGAGGGGCGGAUUGUGGCUCGAGUCUGGUCGCGAUUGAUGGCAACAUGCCCACCGAUGUGGUACUUGGCAAGUGUCCGGAAGAGGCUCCAGACUUUAAAGGACAAGGGGACAAAUCUCCAAGCCCAGUGCCGCCAGUUAAUGCGGCUGAUGUCCAAGUCAUUGCUGAGCCUCGUGUUGAUAAGGAGACUAAUGUUUGA